GGAGGGAAGAUGGCGGCGCUCGGUGGAGGACGCCCGCCAUCAGCAGCGUGGGAUCAAGUAGCUGUUUGGUGGAGAGAGAAGAGAGAGAGAGAGAGAGAGACUCCUCUCUCUCUCUCACACACACACACACACACAGACUCGGAAACUUUCACAAUCGGACUUCAGAGACUCUUUGUUCAUCGCAACGGCCGUUUAAUCUUCGCAGUGACUUUUUCUUGACUUUCACCCCGAGAUGGAACAGACUUUUAAUUUCUCAAGAGACUGCUUGUUGUUGCCACAUAACCCAAAUCCGAGGACGUUCGUGGACUCCCAAGUUGGUGGACUUCAAAGAAACGUAUCGACGGGGCGCAGGACCGCGCCAAACUUUUUGUGGGCUCCCGAAAAGACUCUGAACUUAAGGGCCCCUGUGAAUGGAGCGUGAGAUAAAUGCUCCUUGUGAAUUUGCUCCAUACGAAGAAGGAAGAAAACGCCAAGUGUUUCCAGUUUGGGGAGAAUUGGAGGCGUGCCGCUGUUCCCGAUGGACCACAAAGAUCUCGUCAGGAGCUGAGGAGUUUGACACCAGAGUAUCUGGGUACUGGCUAGUGGCUAAUAAAAGAAAUCCAGGCUUUAGUUCCAGAUGUGCUGUGGAAACAGUGCCAAAACAACUUCCAGAUAAAUGGCAGCACGACCUAUUCGACAGUGGCUUCGGAGGAGGCGGAGGAGGAGGUGGUGGGGGUGGCGUUGAGACCGGUGGAAAACUUUUGGUGUCCAACUUAGAUUUUGGUGUUUCUGACGCAGAUAUCCAGGAGCUUUUUGCUGAGUUUGGAACACUUAAAAAGGCAGCUGUACACUAUGAUAGAUCAGGUCGCAGUUUGGGGACAGCAGAUGUGCACUUUGAGCGAAAAGCAGAUGCAUUGAAGGCUAUGAAACAGUAUAACGGAGUCCCUCUUGAUGAUUGUGAAACUUUUUUUCCUUUUUUAAAAGGACGACCAAUGAACAUUCAGUUGGUGACAUCUCAGAUCGAUGCUCAGAGACGGCCUGUUGCAGUUCCCAGCAGCAGAGGAAUGAUCAGAAGUCGUGGUUUUGGGGGCGGUGGUAGUAGACGCGGAUCUCGGGGUGGCAAUCGAGGCGCCAGAGGCGGCCGUGGGGGAAGAAAUUCACGGCAACAACUUUCAGCAGAAGAGCUGGAUGCCCAAUUGGAUGCGUAUAAUGCUAGGAUGGAUACAAGUUAAAUGAUGACCUUGAACAAUGCUUUCUUGAAUUUGACUCGACGGAAGUUGACCAUUUUUUUUCCUUGUGGGAGGGGCACAAGAACAAUGUAGUCUAGAAUUUCUUCUUGAAUAGGAUUUUAAAUCUGUAACUUUUUAAGUCCCAAGUCCUGUUUUGUACUGAAUAUGUUAAUUUUGGGGGAUAAAUCUUAACUGGUUGCUUGCCUUCAUGGGAGGGUAGUACUACCCUGCCCGGUCCAUGAAAUAAAUAGUGUCUGUUAACCAAA